AUGUCGUGGACAGGGCGGUCUAGUGCUCCCCAAAUGCCUACUACCCUCAGGAUGCUCAACAACAACUUGUUAAUCGUGAUCGGCACGUUUGCCGUCUGUGUCUACAUCGUGUUGCAGAGGUCGAAGGCACGUCUCCCGCUGCCCCCAGGGCCGCGCAAAUGGCCGCUUAUCGGCAAUCUGCUCGACAUGCCCGGCGGGAGGGCGUGGCUGAAGUAUGCAGAGUGGUCGCGCGAAUACGGUUCGGAUAUCAUCCAUCUAAGCGCGGCGGGCACGUCCAUACUGGUGCUCAACAGCGCGGAGCUCGUGAACGAGCUCAUGGAGAAACGUUCUGCGAUAUACUCGAGCAGGGCGCAACUGACGAUGCUGCACGAGCUCAUGGGAUGGAAGGAUGCCUUCUCAUUUGCGCCGACAAACCCAACGUGGCGCGCCCAGCGCAAGAUCUUCAUGCAGGCGCUGAAUCCGAACAACGCCGCGCUUUUCCAUGGCAAGCAGCUCCGGGCGACGCACGAGCUGCUCUGGCGCCUCCACAAGGGCCCCGCGAACCUCUUCCACGAGCUGCAUCACUGGGCGGCUAUCCUGAUCAUGGACAUCACGUACGGCAUCCGUGGCGACGCCGCCGACCCGUACAUUGAAACAGCCGUAGAAGCACUCGACUCCAUGGCUAUUGCGGGUGCGCCCGGCGCGUUCCUUGUCGAUGCCGUCCCCCUGCUGAGGCAUAUGCCCGAGUGGACCCCCGGAGCGGGUUUCAAGCGACAAGCGCGCGAGUGGAACGUCCUGAGGCAGAAGAUGGCGAACAGGCCGUUUAUAGCGGCGAAGCAGCAGAUCACGAGCGGGUCAUACACGCCCUCUCUGGUAUCGAAUGCGUUAGAAGCGGUGGACAAGAAUCAGGACUUGGCGGAGCAGGAGGAGCUCAUCAAGGGUGCUGCGGUGACUUCCUAUGGAGGGGGUUCUGAUACAGUAGUCGCAGCAGUGUCUGCGUUCGUCUUGGCCAUACUCCAGCACCCUGAGAUCCAAGCCAAGGCACAGCGCCAGCUAGACGAAGUAUUGGGUCAUGGAGAAUUGCCCUCGUUCCAGGAUGUUCAAUCCCUUCCCUAUAUCACAGCGCUCGUCAAGGAGGUCCUACGACACAACCCUGUGACCCCAUUAGCUAUCCCACACUUACUCUCUGAGGACGACACCUGGGACGGAUACUGGCUGCCAAAGGGUUCUAUUGUAAUGGCUAACGCCUGGGCGAUCCUCCAUGACGAGAACACAUACCCCGAUCCCAUGCCGUUCAACCCGGACCGCUUCUUGCGCCCGGAUGGAAAGCUCGAUGAGACAGUGAAAGACCCUGCGACGGCGUCCUUUGGCUUCGGCCGGAGGCUCUGCCCUGGUCGGCAUAUAGCCCUCUCGUCAAUAUGGAUCUCCGUCGCGUCGAUUCUAGCAUGCUAUGUCAUUCGUAAAGAGGUGGAUGCAGCCGGACGAGAGGUGGUGCCGGACGGGGAGUGGUAUGGAGGCCCGACGCUGUUCAACCGUCCUCUGCCGUUUAAGUGUAGAUUCACUCCUCGCUCGAAAGCCGCAGAGGCAAUUAUUGUAUCACUAGAGAAUACCGUGUAA